AUGAAGGAAACAGCCCCAGAAGAUCAUAUCGGAGAAGCUGCUACUUCCGCCGGAGUAGCACCACCACUUCAGUAUCACUCCGACAACGAGCUCCCCGCACCCGAGAAAAUGUCCGGCGCCGGCUACACCGCUCCGCUCAGUCUCAGCGGGACUCUGAACAAAAGAACCGGCAGCAAGAGAACCAACAACCACGAAGAAGAGCCUUACGUCGAGGACGUCUCCGUCGACGUAAGCAGCGUCAAGCCCCUGCCACGUGGCGACGCCAACAACACAGACGACUCCCUCACUCUUCUCGGCGGCGACAAGCCGCCCCAGAAGAGCAACAACGACCAGUCGUUCGUACGUACAGCCUCCGUACGGAUCAAGCAGGAGCUGAAGAAGCUGACGUCGUUCUCGAAGCAGCAGCUGCCGCAACGGCGCCGUUUCGACCGGAUGCAGUCAGCGGCUGCUCCGGCUCUUAAGGGACUCAAGUUCAUAAGUAAAACGGACGGGAAUGCUGAGUGGCCGGCGGUCGAGAAAAGGUUCGACAAGCUUACAGGCUCGACUAACGGGAUGCUGCCACGUGCUGCGUUCGGGGAGUGCAUAGGGAUGAACAAAGACUGCAAGGAGUUCGCCGGAAAACUGUUCGACGCUUUGGCCAGGAAGCAUGGGAUCAAAGGCGAUUCGAUCAACAAGGAGGAGUUGAAAGAGAUGUGGACACAAGUUUCUGAGCAGGGCUUCAAUUCCAGGCUGCAAAUUUUCUUUGACAUGGUUGAUAAGGAUGGGGAUGGAAGAAUCAGUGUGGAAGAAGUCAAGGAGAUCAUUAGCUUCAGUGCUUCUGCCAAUAAACUAUCAAACAUCCAGACACAAGCACAGGAAUAUGCAGCAUUGAUCAUGGAAGAGUUGGAUCCAGACAAUCUUGGAUACAUCAUGAUAGACAGCUUGGAGACACUCCUACUGUAUGGACCGGAGGAGACGGUGGCGCGUGGAAAAGAGAGCCGGAACUUGAGCAAAAUGCUGAGCCAGAAGCUGAAGCCAGUGAGGGAGGACAACCCUCUGACAAGGUGGUAUAGGAGAGCCAACUACUUUCUUGAAGACAAUUGGAAGAGAGUUUGGGUAAUGGCAUUGUGGAUUGGGAUCAUGGCUGCUCUGUUUGCCUAUAAGUAUGUGCAGUAUAAAAAUAGGGCUGCAUAUCACGUAAUGGGUCAUUGUGUAUCCAUGGCCAAAGGUGCAGCUGAGACACUCAAGUUCAACAUGGCUCUUAUUCUACUUCCAGUGUGUAGAAACACUAUCACUUUGCUAAGGAACAAGACCAAAUUGGGUGUUGCCGUUCCUUUUGAUGAUAACCUCAAUUUCCAUAAGGUGAUAGCUAUUGGAAUUUCAGUAGGAGUUGGCAUACACUCGAUUUACCAUUUGGCGUGCGAUUUCCCUCGUCUCAUCAAAGCAGACAGCGUCACAUACGCCCCGAUGAGGCAAUAUUUUGGGGAACAACCUUCAAACUAUUGGUUUUUUGUGAAAUCAGUAGAAGGUGUAACUGGCAUUAUAAUGGUAGUGUUGAUGACCAUAGCCUUCACACUAGCAGCACCAUGUUUUAGAAGAGGUAAGCUCAAAAACCUACCCCAACCUCUCAAAAGGCUCACUGGCUUCAAUGCCUUUUGGUACUCCCAUCAUCUCUUCGUCAUUGUCUAUACCUUGCUCAUUGUCCAUGGAGAAUACCUUUACCUCACCAAGGAAUGGUACAAGAAAACGACUUGGAUGUACUUGGCUGUUCCACUUCUCCUCUACGGUGGUGAAAGAUUGGUUCGGGCACUCCGGUCCAGCAUCAAGCCGGUUAAGAUAGUAAAGGUGGCUCUAUAUCCUGGAAAUGUGUUGGCUCUUUUUAUGUCAAAGCCUCAGGGCUUCAGAUACCAUAGUGGGCAAUACAUGUUUGUUAAUUGUGCUGCUGUCUCCCCAUUUGAAUGGCACCCAUUUUCGAUCACGUCGGCGCCGGGAGACGACCACCUCAGUGUUCAUAUCCGGACUCUUGGCGACUGGACGCGACAACUUAAGACGGUGUUUUCUCAGGUAUGCCAACCACCUCCUUCUGGGAACAGUGGUCUCCUCAGAGCCGACUGUAUGCAAAGCAACGACUUAAACUUUCCAAGAGUGCUAAUAGAUGGACCCUAUGGAGCACCAGCUCAAGACUACAAGAACUAUGAAGUGGUGUUACUUGUAGGGUUGGGAAUAGGAGCAACCCCAAUGAUAAGCAUCCUCAAGGACAUAGUGAACAACAUCAAAGCCAUAGAAGAUGAAUCACAGAACGCCCUAGAAAGCGGCACGGCCGGUUCUGGCAGCCCAGUGAGCCUCCACAGCAACUUCAAGACCAAGAGAGCCUACUUCUACUGGGUGACGCGAGAGCAAGGUUCGUUCGACUGGUUCAAAGGAGCCAUGAACGAGGUGGCGGAGCUUGACCAUAACAGAGUGAUAGAGUUCCACAACUAUUGCACUAGUGUUUAUGAGGAAGGUGAUGCACGUUCUGCCCUCAUUGCUAUGCUUCAGUCACUAAAUCAUGCCAAGAAUGGGGUCGAUAUUGUGUCGGGUACUCGGGUGAAGUCACAUUUUGCUAAGCCUAACUGGCGUGAGGUCUACAAGCGCAUUGCGCUGGAUCACACCAAUGACAAAGUUGGGGUGUUCUACUGCGGGCCACCUGCUCUAACUGAAGAACUACGACAGCUAUCUCUGGAUUUCAACCACAAAACCUCCACCAGAUUUGAAUUCCAUAAAGAAAAUUUCUGAUAUGAACACAAAGGGCAGGACCAGAACUAAAGAGACCAACAACAAGGUCUCUGAGAGUCCCACCUUCACUUUCUCAUGUCAUAUAUUUCCACACAGAAAGAAAGAGAUUCCUACUGCUGCUUUAUGUAAAUUAUAUAUGCAUAUGCAUCGGUCAAUCUUUUUAUCUUAUCUUUUUAUGAACGGAAGCUAGACUAACACAUAUGCAAAGCAGGCAAAAGGAAAUGCUGAAAUGGUGGUUAAGACAGUAACUAAAGCCUCGUGGUCCUCGUGUAUUAUGCCCUAUUCUGAUGUAGCCUAUAUACAGUGUUUGUUAUAAUAGUAGUUACAAGCUGAGAAAGACAGGCAGACUUGUGCAAAGCAUGUUGCAGAAUGAGUGAAGACACAAUAUGUGCAUAUUUUUCAGUUUUAUGUAAUAUUGACAUAUAGAAUUGUGUAUGACAACAUUUAAACGAAAAUAUAUACAUAUAUGUAAUAAAGAACCUAAUAAAACUGCUGAUAUGUAUU